UUUCCUGUACUGUUGUUUCUUGCAUGUGCAUCCAGCGUGGCGACACUCCGUUGCACGAUGCCGUCAGGAGAGAUAACCUCGAGGUGUGUCAAGCGCUGAUCGCUGGAGGGGCCGACUGUAACAUCAAGAAUGAGCGUGGCGACACUCCGUUGCACGAUGCCGCCAGGAGAGGUACCCUCAAGGUGUGUCAAGCGCUGAUCGCUGGAGGGGCCGACUGUAAAAUCAAGAAUGAGCGUGGCGACACUCCGUUGCACGAAGCCGUCUGGGGUGGAAUCGAGGUGUGUCAAGCGCUGAUCGCUGGAGGGGCCGACUGUAAAAUCAAGAAUGAGGCUGGCAAGACUCCAUUGGACAGAGCGAGAUUCCGGCACCAUCAUGCGGUUGAAGAGCUAUUGGAGAAGGCCACUCCAAAGCCAUCAUGAUACCUUUACUAAGUGUAAAGUGACUAUGCACACACUGCCGGUCAUUUCCUACCAGAUGUAGCAACAUGGCAGCUAUCUUUCUCUGGCGAAUCCAGAGCUUUAAUCGUCACAUAUGCAUGACUUUGCAUGUAUUUGAGCAAUGGGCAGGUAGGACUGCGGUGUUUUCUGGCUGUCCCAGCCGACAAUGCCAGCGCAUGAUACCAUACAUUUCUAGACACGCUCUCUUCCAUUUCCUCUUCUCUUCUAAGUAUCUGUUGCAGAUUUUCUUGCACCCUACCCAGUUCUUAACUAGAAGUUACAAUGCUUAUUUUGCGGACAAUUAGAAAAGUUAGAAUGUUAGCAAAGAAGUUGUACAAUGUCUCUACAGUAGCGCGUCGCUAGCAUCUCAAUUAGAAUCAAUUGCCAUCCUAUCGGCAGUGGACAAGUUCCAUUUUCAUUAUCGUAAGUUUCUCCUUUUUAUCAAUUGCUCGCUUGACUAGGCUAUUCGGUAUGCAAGCAGCCUUGUGACUUCCAAUGCAAACGGCCACCAAUAUUUUUUAAUUUUGUUAUACCGCCAUCGGAAGUUAUGGAGACAAGAACUUGAUACUAGGGGGUAAUAAUAUACCGGUAAUUUACUACUCCCUGCUUGAUACUACCGGUAUAAUCAUUACUCAUAGCAUGUUGCUACAUUUUUCUCUGGCCUGCGGCAGUGUUUACCGAAGUGGUACGCCUUGGCACGUUCCUUAUUUACACUGGCAUGCUCUGAUACACAUGUACU